AUGACGAGUUAUGCACCUGCUAUUCGUAGAUACUCUCCAUCCAGUUAUUUGGGUCCUUCUGAAUUUUUCAAUCAAACUGUUCCUGGAAAAAUAUACGAGAUUAUCCUCAGAGCAUUCUCGUCUUCUUUGUCGUCACCAAUUCCAUAUUUUGAGGAUCGCGAAAAUGUGACUCAGUUGAAAGGGUCCGAUGCUCAUUUGGCUAAGAUCAUCGUUCCUAAAUGUCUUGUCAUGUAUAACGUCUCCGCUGUGCAACCGAGUCUUGGCGUUAUAAAUGGUUAG